CAAACAUCAAGUUUCGUGUUUGGCCCCAAAAAUGAUAGUAGUAGCAUAAUAAUUGCGCACGAUAAGAUAAGGAUGCAGCGCCGCCGCGAGGGAAAUGCUCUAUCAUAAAGGCCACGUUUGGAGCUAUGAUACCUGGUUUUAUCACACCGUGGGCCAAAACAAAGGCGCAUAAAAGUCAUUUAUCCAGUUUUCUCACAGAAUCCCCCGAAGAUUUAUAGAGGAAGCUAAAAACGACUGCAGACUACAGCAAUGGCCCCCAUCAAAAGCGCAGGCCAACUUAACCAUCGAUUACGUCUUAGUCACUAUCAAUCUACGACUAUCAAAGAGCUAGCCGGCGGCCGGAGAACUGGCCAAGUGGUUGACUACUUUAUCGCUUGUCGCAUGUUGUGCCUAGUGCAAAAGCUUAUAAUAUAAGAUGGUGGCUCCUCGGGCCAACAUUCAGCAGACUGACGUCACAGCUCCCGACACAGUCUGGGAGCAUUUAAAAGAGCUGUCAUGGCCAGAAGUGGUUCACUUGUAGUCCGUCAACCGUUCUGAGCAAUGGAUGCCUCCAAGCAGACGAACCUUAAACGGGAGCCAAAUCCCUUCCUCAAAGCAAACAUCAUAUCCAAAUGGCUUUUCCUGUGGAUGGGCAAUGUGUUCACCAAGGGAAGACGCGAGCAGUUGGAUGCCAACGAGUUGUACGAGCAUCUGCCCAGCUUCGACAGUGAAUCACUGACCAGGCAUCUGCAGCCUCACUGGGAGCAGGAGUCGCGGAAAAAAAGCCCUAGCCUUAUGCGCCUGAUCUUCCGUGUCUAUUUCUGGCAGUUUGUGCCCAUUUGUGUGCUCUAUUCAGCGCUGGAGAUAGCCAUACAUUCCUUUCAGCCUUUGCUGCUGGGCGGCCUAAUCUCGUAUUUUGCCCAGGGACAGACGACCAUCAGCAAGGAGAGCGCCUAUUUGUAUGCCAUGGGAAUCGUUCUGUGCUCGCUAAUCACCUCCUUGGUCUUUCACCCCUUCAUGUUCUACGUGUUCGCCGUGGGUACACGGAUACGCCUGGCCUGCGCCGGCCUCGUCUAUAGGAAGUGCCUGCGCGCCUCGGCCAGCAGUGGUGAGGGGCUGGGCUCCCAGGCCAUAUCCGUGAUGUCCAUCGAUCUGUCGCAGUUCGAUCUUACCUUCUACUUCUUUCACGAUCUGUGGAAGGGACCCGUGGAGGCCUGUAUCUUUGGGUACAUUAUGUACCGCCAGAUUGGCUGGACAUCCCUCAUUGGCAUUGCCUUCAUUGUGGUCUUGAUUCCCCUCCAGGCUUGGGCGGCCAAGGCAGCCGCUCACUUCCGAUCGCAGUCGGCCAAACAUCGGGAUGAGCGCGUCCAGUUGAUGAACGAGAUCAUCAGCGCCAUUCAGGUGAUCAAGAUGUAUGCCUGGGAGAAGUCAUUCGGCAGAUUGAUUGCCGCCGUGAGGCAGUUGGAGGUGAAGGCUAUUCGGGGAUCGAUGAGCAUCUACGCGGCACUGCAGUGCACCAACAUGAUAUCGAAAAUAUCGCUCUUCCUCAGCCUCAUUGCCUAUGUCUAUGUGGGCGACGUCGUCACCGCCAAGAAGGUGUUCAUACUCUCAUCCUACUACAGUCUAUUGAACGAUUCCCUGCUCCACUAUUGGCCCAUGGCUAUUACCACCUGGGCCCAGACUCUGGUAAGUGCUAACCGCGUGGUGGACUUUCUGCAACAGACCGAGAAGCCCACGGAGGAGGGCUGCUGCCAGGACAAUCCCGGACUGCAGCUGGAGAUGCAGUCGGAGAAGGAGAAACCAUUGAAGCGCGGUCGUUUGCAUUGCGUAAAGAGCGAGGUGAAAUCCCUCAGCUUUAAGAAUGUGAGCGCCAGUUGGGAAAAGCCCAGCACCAAACAACGUCGGAGGCCACAUAUCCACGGCAUCACCUUCGAUGCCAAGUCUGAUCAGUUUGUGGGCAUCGUCGGCAACGUGGGAUCAGGCAAGAGCACGCUCCUCCACGCCAUUCUCGGCGAAAUCGAGCUAAUGGAGGGACGGGUUGAGAUCCACGGACGGAUCAGUUAUGCCGCCCAGCAGCCGUGGGUUUUCCAGGGCAGCAUCCGCGAAAAUAUCCUCUUUGUAGAGUCUUACGACGAGCAGCGCUAUCGUUCGGUGAUCCAUGCCUGCCAGCUGGAGCGUGACCUGGAGCUGCUGCCACGUGGAGAUGCCACCGUUGUGGGGGAGCGUGGCAUCAGCCUGAGUGGAGGACAGAAGGCUAGGAUUGCCCUGGCAAGGACUGUCUAUCGUCAGGCGGACAUCUACCUCUUCGACGAUCCCCUGGCCGCAGUGGAUGCCCAAGUGGGGAAGCUGCUGAUGGACAAGUGCUUCAAUCGGCUGCUCAGUGGAAAGAUGCGCAUCCUGGUCACCCACCAUGUGCAGCUGCUCAAGCAUGUAGACCACCUCCUCCUGCUGGAGUCGGGCGCGCUCACGCAGCAGGGCAGCUACGAUCAGCUAAAGGAUGUAAUCAGCCAUCAUGCAGCCCUCGAUCUGGAAGCCAUCGAGGCGGACAAACAGCAGGUGAAGCGAGUGCUCAGCCAGGUGGACAGGACCUCGAAGAUGUCGACCAAGAGCAAGGAAGAUGAUCCGAGCACCGAACAGGAAGAGGAUGCGCAUGCCGAGCGUCAGCUUCAGGGUGCCGUGAGCUUCGAAACGUACAAGUCGUACUUCCGGGCCCUGGGCGCUCCGUUCCUCGUGUGCCUGGUGCUGGCCAUGUUCAUACUCGCUCGCGGCUGCCAGGCGGCCAUGGAUAUCUUCAUCUCGCGCUGGGCCACUUGGGAGGAGGAUCGCACCUACGACUCCGUGGACGAGUACGACGCUACGCGUACCAAAAUGGUCACAUGGUACACUGUGCUGCUGCUGUGCACACUCGCCCUGUAUCUGCUCCGCACCUUUGGAUUCUUCUUCAUGUGCUUACGCAUCUCCUUGCGGCUGCACGAUCAGCUCUACCAGGGAAUAAUUCGAGCCUGGAUGCACUUCUUCAAUGUGAAUCCCUCAGGUCGCGUGCUCAAUCGAUUCUCCAGCGACAUACAGAGUGUGGAUGUGACCCUGCCGCAGGCCAUGAUGGAUUCUCUGCAGUUCUUGGUGGAUGUGGUGGCCGUUCUGGUGAUUGUGGCCAUUGCCAACUAUUGGCUGCUCAUCCCUGCUGCCGUGAUGGCGCUGCUCCUGUAUCUCUGCCGGGCCCUCUACAUAGGAGCCAGUCGCAGCCUGAAACGCAUCGAGAGCAUGACUCGGAGUCCCAUCUACUCCCAUACGAAUCAAACGUUCCAUGGCCAUACCACCAUACGAUCGAUGGACGCCAUGCCGCAGCUGGAGCAGACCUUCUAUGGUCACCAAGACACAAACUCCUCGGCCCUGUUCCUCUACGUAAGCGCCAACCGGGCCUUCUCCUUCUGGACGGAUCUCAUCUGUGUGGUCUACAUCCUGGCCGUCACCUUCAGUUUUUUGGUGAUUAACCAGAAGUUCUACAGUGGCGAUGUGGGCCUGGCCAUCACUCAGUCCAUGACUCUAGUGAUUAUGUGCCAGUGGGGCAUGCGGCAGACGGCGGAGAUGGAGAACAAUAUGACUAGCGUGGAGCGGGUGCUGGAGUAUGCACAAAUGCCAUCGGAGCCCCCACUGGAGACGCCUGCGAGUGUGAAACUUCCGGCGGAAUGGCCACAGGCGGGCCAUCUUCGUUUCCGCGAUCUGCGCAUGCGUUACGCCCCCGAAGACGAGGACAUACUUCGAGGCCUGAACUUUGAAUCGCAGCCCAUGGAGAAGAUCGGCAUUGUGGGACGCACAGGAGCGGGAAAGUCCUCCAUCAUUCAGGCCCUGUUUCGUCUGGCUGUUAAUGAGGGCACCAUAGAGAUCGAUGGACAGGACAUUGCCCAGUUGGGUCUACAUGAUCUACGCAGUCGCAUAUCCAUUAUACCCCAAGAUCCCGUUCUGUUCUCGGGCACACUGCGCUUCAACCUCGAUCCGUUCGGCGAGAAGAGCGACGCGGCGAUGUGGAGUGCCUUGGAGGACGUGAAGCUGAAGAAAUAUGUGUCCAGUCUGGAUGGAGGUCUGGCCUGUCGCAUGCAGGAUGGUGGCUCCAAUUUCAGCAUGGGUCAGAGGCAGCUGGUGUGCCUGGCCCGUGCUAUACUCCGACAGAAUCGGGUUCUCGUUAUGGAUGAGGCAACGGCCAAUGUGGACAGCGAGACGGAUGGCUUGAUCCAAGAGACCAUUCAGACAAAGUUUGCCCAGUGCACAGUCCUAACCAUUGCCCACAGACUGCAUACGGUGAUGGACAACGACAGCGUCCUGGUUAUGGAUGCUGGACAGAUUGUUGAAUUCGGGGCACCACACAAGCUUCUACAGCGUCCCGGGGGGGCCCUGCUCAAGCUCGUCAGUCAAAACGAUGAUGCCACCGUGAAGUACCUGAAGAGGAUUGCCGCUGAAAGCUACGUCCGCAGGAACAAAGAUGGUUCUCUCACAGAAGUCGAUGAAACAUUGGUCGAAUGAGCAUGUGUACUUUCAGGCAAACAGGAACUCAAUCAAACAGCGAGUCCGUCCGGCAGUGACCAGAAAGAGACAUAGCGUUCAGAAAUUGGACUGCCGUGAGGGGCGGACGGUCCUUCCGGUUUUAUUGAUGUACGAAAAGUGUACGGAUAAACUGUAUUUACAUAGCAGUAUAACUACGCUAUUACUAAUGAUAGUUCGGCACUUAAAACGAAGAGACUCUGACACACGCACACACAAGAUUACAAAAUAUAUAAAUAUAUAUAUCGUAUAUGUAGUAUAUAGUAUUUGUACGCAAUAUAUCAAAAGUGUAAACUUGAAAGAUGGCUUAGGAUAAUGGUUAACAUUCCGGCCUGUUGAACGAAUACAUUUAAAAUAACAUUAGUGA